GCGGGCUGUGUGGCCGCCGCAUACGCCAGUCUGGCCCUGGCCGUCACUGGAUGUGGGUGUGGUUUGUGUGAUUCUCCGUGGGGAGACUUUUGGGGGGUAAACUUUAAUCUGCAAUGCAAGGCAUGGAAAUGGUGUUGUUGUUGGCGGUAUUGGGGGUGACUGUGACUCUGGGCGGCCCCACCUCCACCUUCCUGAUGGUAGAACGGGAUCUGGCGCCUCCAUACACUCAUACAACACUCAUGACGCCCGCCGAGUGCACCCUCGCCUGCUUCGCCUCCGGCAUACCCACCUGUCUUGGCUUUGUCUGGCUACCCCUUCCUACCUCUACGAAUGGUGAGGAUGGAUGCGACAGUGGGCAGAAGUCUUGUAACACCGAGUCCUCAGGCGGGAUUAUGACAAAGGGUCGGUGUGGGCUCCUGCAGUGUGUUCCUAACCCCUUUACCCUCGUGUCCUCCCCUGGGGCACGCAUCUACUUGGUGAGGGGUAGCUCCUCCCCCAAAUACGGGUCUAUCAAAGCCCCCAGCAGCUACACAAUGGCGUGCACCUACGCCUACCGGGUGUUCAACAAGGUGCAGCUCACCUUCCAGGGAGCUGAAGACCGCUGUACUCAGGAUGGUGCUCAGCUGAUUGCUAUAAAGAGUGAGGAAGAGCAACGAGUGGUGAAGGAAAGCGUGCAGGAGGGGGAGGCUUACUGGAUCGGCCUCAGUGACCGCCGGCAGGAGGGCGACUGGCGUUUGUCUGAUGGGAGUAAGCCAAGCUACGUCAACUGGGAUAUCGGGCAGCCCAACAACUAUGUGAAGAGCACCAAGGACCAGGACUGUGCCAUGCUCUUCCAAGGUGCCUGGAAUGAUAACCAGUGUGAUCAAGAGCUCCGCUUCAUCUGUCAGAUCCCCUUCUUGGAGAUUUGAAUCACUUGCAUCAUGUCACCAGAUCCAAUUCUGGAGCACUGAGCCAUCUGUAUAAUUCCACCGGUUAUCAUUUUCCACUUCUGGAGUUAUGAAGUGUGUGUUUUACCUCAAGCUACCAGGACCCUUUCCUGGGGUCAUGAACCAUAUGUGUCAUAUCACAAGCUACCAUGACAGUUACCUUGAGCUCAGCAAUAUAUCAAGUUACCAACCAUCAAGUGUCUCUCUCAACUGUGGACCAUUUGUGCUAUGAGGCGAGUUAUGGGACCCUUCUCAUAUAUGAAUGGUUCUGAAAAUCUGGUAAGUUAACACACAAGUCCAGAAUUGAAUUUCUCAUUCAUGGUUUAUCUUAUAAUUUUAGUUUGCUGUGUGGAGUAAAGUUCAUGGAGCCAAUAACCAAUAGGUGGCAUAGCAGCAGUAGUAACAGUAGUAGUAACAGUAGUAGUAGUCGUAGUAUUAGUAGUAGUUGUAGUAGUAGUAACCCCUUUUUUAUGGGGUCCGUCUGGGCUGAAUAAAAUUGCCUGGCGUUAAUUAAAUCAAAUAUUAAAAAUAGCAUCCCGUAAUGAAGGAGUUAAAAAGCUAGUUUCUUACGGCAUAUUGCACAUAUAUUCAGGGGGUAAGUAAGGUACAACAGUCAGUAUGUAAGAGGAAGGAAAUAGCAAAGUACAUCUGUUUGAACCAUUGUAUGCUUAGUAGUGAUGAGAAUUUAUGAAAAACAUGAACAUCAGGGUUUUUUCUUAAAUUCGUAAAGAGUUGAAGUGUUUUGUGCGUAUUGUCCUGUGAUUACGGGAAGGCAAUUCAUUAAAAAGAAAUUACAAAUACUAAUGCAUGUUUGUAAGUGUGUUUUGAAGAAGUUUAAUAGUGGGUGUAAGCAAACACAGUAAAGGAGGGCGGAAAUACCCAGCAAAGAAUACAUUUAAUUGGAGGAUGAAAUCCUUGGAUAAUUCUAAACCACAAUGUCUCUAUGGUAUAAAUGAUACUUUGAACAUUGAUUGAAUGGGGGCAGGAUGAUGGUUAGGAAUUCUGGGAUUGAUGUUUCAACAAUUGGAACAUUGACAAAUUUAAUCAGUAGCCGAAGGAAAGAAAGCAAUAAGUGUACUGAAAACAUGGAAAGAGAGAGGGGGGGGGGUGUCAACAUGUAAAGUUAGGGAUGUCUAGAAGAAUUGUUAAUCCAACAUUACGAAAGUGAUGUGAAGCUUCGACUUUAAAUGGUAGAGGAUGAAUCAGAUAAGAAACAAAAGAAAUGACAUGUUUGAAAGUAAUAUGUUGGGUGAGUGGGAUGCAGAGUAGUAAAUAGAAGUUAGAUGGAAAUGUGUGGAGAGGAAAGUUUGUUGGACAGAAACCUGGCCUUGGUUAAUUUCGAGACAUACUGUACAUUUAAGAGAAUGGGGAGUUAGAGGGGAUGAGAGAGUUAGAUUUGGAAGUUUAUGGUAGCAGGAAGAGGGAUGGAUGCACAGAUAGGAAGUACAGUACCGUACUGUACUGUACAGUGUACAUGAACAAUUUGAGAGUAUGGCAUCAGGUGAGAUUACUGGUAUGUCACAGUAGUUAUAUACUGUACUGGUAAAAAUCUAGAUUGGGAAAUAGAACUUGAUUUUCAAAGUUGAAGGCCAAGGAAUAUUACGAUGUAUAAUAUACUAUACAGUAGGUACAUCAUAAAAUUCCCAGGCCUCCAACUUUGAAUUUUUUUUGUUUUUUACCAGCACUGUCUAUAACUACUGUAAUAUAGCAAUAAUCCCAUUAUAUGUUAAAAUUUUCACACAAAAAUUGGCUUACUUCAUUACAUUGGAAUUGAUAAGCAAGUCUGUUAUUCACUCUGAAGCUUAGUUUUCUAAUACAUGGUGAGGUAUGCACAAAAAGUCUUGAGAACAGAGCCAAUGGCUUUUUCGUAACGGUAUAUUGUCAUGUGAAAAUCAAUCAAACUGAAAUUCUUCAGUACAGUAUAUAAAAUUUUAGCGUUAGAAAACCAUCACACGAUGCAUUCACGGUCAUUGAAAUUUAAACCUUACUCAUGCAUGUACGUACGAGCAUUAACAUUGAUGUAGGGUAUACAGUAUAUAGUUUGUUACGUUUUUAUAAUAAAAUAAUAUUUGAAGUA